GAUACCUGAUGCGGAUGGGCAGCGAACAGGAAGGAUCCGGUCCCGGAGUUGUUCCCAGCACAGCCCGACCCGGCCCUGGCCCUGAGGGCGCUGGCAGUGUGUAUGCAGCUCACAGGAGGUGAAGCCAAAGCAAUGUGUCCCACCGCUUGGGUGAACUGUUUUCCACUGACUGCCUGCUUCCAUGAUACAAGCUCAAAGCCAAGCAGUACACUAAGGAGCUAUUCACAACAGAGGAAGGAAAAGAUGCAGUUCAAGAUGGGAAGAGUCCUGCUGUCUCUUCUUUUCUGGUACAAAGCUGCAAUGGCCCUCUCCCCAGGAGAGGAUGAGAGACUGGAGCUGUGGCACAGCAAGGCUUGCAAAUGCGAUUGCCAAGGAGGACCUAACUCAGUGUGGUCCAGUGGGACUAACAGCUUGGAGUGCAUGCCAGAGUGUCCCUACCACAAGCCCCUGGGUUUUGAGUCUGGUUCUGUCACCCCAGACCAGAUAAGUUGCUCCAACCCUGAGCAGUACACGGGUUGGUACUCCUCCUGGACAGCCAACAAGGCCCGCCUCAAUGGCCAAGGCUUUGGGUGUGCGUGGCUCUCCAAGUACCAGGACACUGCACAGUGGCUGCAGAUCGACCUGAAGGAGGUGAAGGUGAUUUCAGGGAUCCUCACACAAGGUCGCUGUGAUGCCGAUGAGUGGAUGACCAAGUACAGCAUUCAGUACCGCACCGACGAAAACCUCAACUGGGUUUACUACAAGGACCAGACUGGGAACAAUCGGGUUUUCUAUGGCAACUCAGACCGCUCCUCUUCAGUGCAGAACCUGCUGCGGCCGCCCAUCGUGGCCCGCUACAUCCGCCUCAUCCCGCUGGGCUGGCACGUGCGCAUCGCCAUCCGCAUGGAGCUCCUGGAGUGCCUGGGCAAGUGUGGCUGAGUGCUGUUUCCUGAGGUGGAUGUGGAGGUGUCUGCCCAUGCAGCUGCCCUGCCUCACCACUACCACAGCUGCAGCCACAGUCCUGCGGUGUAAAUGCCCAGCCUGCAAAGGGAAGAGCUAUCUUGAAUAAAACAUGGCU